AUGAGUUGGGAGUCUAAGCAAGCAAGCUGGAGAGCUAUGUUGGAAGCUGUUAUGUCGGACAAUGAAGACAACGUUGCCGUCGAAAGUGAUGCCAGCAUCGAUGAUGAUUACGUUGAAGAAUCUGAUCAUGAUUCAAUGUCAGAGCAGAAUGCUUCAUCGUCAGAAGAAUCUGAGGCAGAAGAGACUGAAACUCAGGAGCGCUUCUUCUUAGCUAAGGAUAAAAUAACUAAGUGGUUCAAAGUAAAGGGACGUACUGCAGUAAGAACCCGUUCUCAAAAUAUAAUGUCUGAAGCUCCAGGUCCAAAAGUUGAACUAGUCAAAUGUGUUAUUAUGAAAAUUGAAUUUAAAUAUGGAGGAUUAUGA